UAAGUGUACUACGAUCAGCGAACCGUGCUCAGUCAGUCUCGGUGUGUACGCGUUGGCAGUCGCGAUUUGAAGCAGUUCUUGAACAUCUCGAAUCCAUGCCCGGGGUGUGGCUUCUGUUGUGUGUCGUGUGUUAAGUGUACCCGUUGAGUGCAAGUUCUGUGCGUGUAAAAGUUGCUUCGAACAGGACCAGGUGACUGGUCGGUGGAGUCAAUCUCCAAACCAAAAGGAGUGGAAGAUCUCCAUUCUAUCCUUGAAAAUAGCCCCGGAAGACGCAAUGAAAUUGCUAGUCGCAGUGUUGUUGAGUGUGGUUCCUCUAGUGAUUGCACAAACCAAAGAGGAUAAGGAAUUCAAAUGCCCGGAAGGGCUAGGAAACGGGAACUUUGCCGACCCUGUCACAUGUCGACGAUUUUAUCAGUGCGUUGAUGGCUUCCCGUAUAUUAAUCGGUGUCCGUCGGGGCUGUAUUUUGACGAUAUUCAAAAAUUCUGCACCUUCAAAUCUGAAGCCAAAUGUGGACCGCUUGCAAAUCUACCAGCAGCUACCACGGAGGCGCCGGUCGACCUGGCGAAGAAAUGUAACCCGAGCGAAUGCGAACUGCCGUACUGCUUCUGUAACAAGGAUGGAACGCUCAUACCAAAGGGACUCAACCCAGAACAGAUCCCACAAAUCAUAUUGCUUACUUUUGAUGGCGCCGUAAAUUUGAACAACUACGAGCACUACCGGAAGAUUUUCAACGGAAAGCGGAAGAACCCGAAUGGAUGCGAAAUCAAGGGAACGUUUUUCAUCUCACACGAGUACAGUAACUACCAGCAGAUCCAAACCCUGGCCCAUGAAAACCACGAAAUCGCAUUGGAAACGAUAUCUCUCCAAAUGGGACUGCAGGAUAAAGGCUACGAAGAGUGGGUCGGUGAGAUGAUUGGCAUGCGUUCAAUCUUGAAACACUUCGCCAAUGUUUCAAGUAACGAAAUCAACGGUAUGCGUGCUCCGUUCCUGAAACCUGGAAGAAAUACUCAAUACAAGGUCAUCGAGGACUUCGGUUUCAUCUAUGACAGUUCAAUCAGCAUUCCACCAAGCCCAUUGCCACUCUGGCCGUAUACCUUGGACUACAAAAUUCCCCACGAGUGCAAAAGUGGAACCUGCCCCACCAAGUCAUUCCCAGGAAUCUGGGAGGUACCACUGAAUGCCCACUAUGUCGAGAGCUAUGAGGGAGGUCACUGCCCAUAUAUGGAUCAGUGUGUGCUCCAUAACCACGAUGCAGAGGAUGUAUUCGCCUGGCUGCAGGAAGACUUCGAACGGUACUAUUUCCAAAACAAAGCUCCCUACAUGAUGCCGUUCCACACCAACUGGUUCCAGAUUAAAGAAUUGGAGCAUGGACUACACAAGUUCCUCGAUUGGACCCAAACUCUGCCCGAUGUGUGGUUCGUAACGGUGACGCAAGCUCUGACCUGGAUCACCGACCCGAAGACGCUCAACCAGCUGAACAACUACGAGCCGUGGAACUGCAAAACCCAAUCCUCGCAGACUCCCAAACCGUGCAAUAUCUCGAACAAGUGCGCACUCGCCUUCAAGGAACCUACCUCCAACAUCAGUGACACCCGCUACAUGGAAACGUGCGUCGAAUGUCCCGCGGUAUAUCCAUGGCUGGGUGAUUCCCAUGGUACCGGCAUCCCUGGGCGAGACAACUACAUCGACCAGAGUGGUGGCGGAGGUGAUGGUGGCAGCGAUGGCAAUGGUCAGUCCGAAGGCGGUGACAAUUGAGGCAAUUGUACUGCGCCCAAGUCUUGUGAUGUGUUCUAGCAUACUAUUUGUAGUAUUACUUUUAGAGGAAAGAAACAAGUUGUAGCUUUUAAGCAAAAAUGAUUUUCCGUGAAAUUAGUGAGGGCGACAUCGCCGACUGAUCACAUCGUCUCGUUUCUUUGAGAGUCGAAAUUAUACACAAUACAUUCCACCAA